AGCUGAGCGCGCCUGUCAUAUGAGCCCAGGAGAAAGGCGCACCAGAGCCGAACAUCCAAUGGGUCAAUCUAGCGAGUUUACUCACUGACUGUGUGCAACAGCAGCUUCGAUCUGGACUGAGAGAUUCGACUUUCCUACACACUUGGUUGCAAACCUGGAGAGUUUUUUUUAUUUCUUUCUUCUUCUAGAAGUUUAACUCAAAAGAAGCGCAGCGAUGACAGCCGAGUUUAUUUCACUUCGAAGUGACUGAGACCCGCAUCUUGCUGCGUCGCAUCCGAUCCGAUUCAGCCUGCUGUGAGGAUGCAAAGGAGAUACAGGAUGAAUUCCGCUUUUAUCGCAGUGUUAUUUGGAGUGGUUGGGGCUCUGGCAAGUAAGGAGGAAUGUGUUUCACGCCAGUAUACAACCAGCGGAGAAUGCUGUGUGCAGUGCCAGCCCGGUGAGGGCGUCGUCAAACCAUGUGGAGUCACACAGACUGUCUGCGCCCCCUGCCUUGACAGUGAAACCUUCUCAGAAAACUUCAGUCACACAGAGAGAUGUCAGCCCUGCACAGUAUGCACAAGUCCAUUCCGCAUGAAGGCACCUUGUACAGACUCCAAUGACGCCACCUGUGUGUGCAACUAUAACUACUAUAUGAAUACGCUCUCUCAGCAGUGUGAACCCUGCACCAAAUGUCCUGAAGGCCAGGGCAUGCUUUACAGCUGUGAAUUUGACCAUGACACGGUGUGUGAGGAGUGCACUGGGGACACCUACUCGGACCAGGAAAGUUCUCGGGAGCCCUGCAUCCCCUGCACCACCUGUGAUGAUGGGGAAGUGUUACAGCCCUGCACCUCUCUCACAGAUACAGUUUGUCCUGCUCCUACAGUUUACGAAGAUACAGUGUCUCCCACGCCCUUUUCGAGUAACUCUACACCCACCUACGAUGACUUCCCAUCAGACGGCCUCCCACCAGAGGGCCCUACAGACACCACCACCACCACUAAUGGUGAUUCCAAGGAGCCGAUCUACCAUCUGAACGACAAACUCAUCCCCAUCUACUGCUCCAUCCUGGCAGCUGUUGUAGUCGGCCUCGUGGCCUUCAUUAUCUUCAAGAGGUGGAACAGCUGGAAGCAGAACAAGCAAGGUGCUAACAACUGCACAGCCAACCAGAACCAGACGCCGUCACCUGAGGGAGAGAAGCUGCACAGUGACAGUGGCAUUUCUGUGGACAGCCAAAGUCUGCAGGAGCAGCAGGGCCACACUGGGGCACAUACAGUUGUCACCAUGGAUGAAGAGCCUUGUUUGCUCCUUCCUCUCCACACCAGAGAGAAAGUGGAGAAGCUGCUGUUCAGGGGUAGCGAAGGAGAUGACUGCAACCACAUGGAGGACAGUGACUGGUGCAACCUGGCGGGCCUCCUGGGAUACGAGGAGGAGCGGAUCGCCACCUUCCAACAGGAAGAGCAUCCUGUCCGCGCGCUCCUGUCUGACUGGGCGAGCAAGGACUGUGCCAGUAUCGACACGCUGUGCACAGCGCUGCGCAAAAUUAACCGCGAUGACAUCGCCCAGAGUCUGGUGCUAAGCCCGAAUGUUGCGAAGCCUACCGCCACUUCUGUAGUGUGAUUUGAACUUAACAGUAAGCAAACCACCUUAACCUUAAUAUUCUUCCAUGGCCUUCUUUUGGGCCUGCAUACCACAUAAUUCAUGCUAGAACCGCUUAAAGUUAUUCCCUCAUGAAGCCAGCAGUCAAAUAUCAUGAGUCCUGAAAAAUCAUGUUUAAUCAAGGAAUAAAAAUGCCAGAAAUUCAAAAACUGCUUGAAUAUCAACAUACUUAAUAAAGCCAAAACCCUUCACUUAAUCAUCUGGAUGUGCUUAUAAUCAUUCAUUCUCAUGUCUCAUGUCUCAAAAUCCACACACUGUAAAGCCUAUGUGGAAGAAAAAUGUCUAUAAUCAUUCCAUUUUUGAGCCUGGAUAUCCAUUUGCCUUCCCACACUAUUACCAUCCUCUGACUUUAUUAGCCAUAGAGCAGAAAUGGGCUUUGAACUGAAUUUAUUGUGGAUACCUGGCUCUUUCAUUCCUACAACUUGAUCCUCUGCAUCUUUAUUCCUAAACAUUCAUAGUUAGUUUGUCCCUAGCUUAUAGCAUUCAAAAGCCAGUGUUGUACCUUGUUACUUUACAAAUCUAUGCUACCAAAGAGGAGUAAAUGUCUCGAGACCAUACCUGACAAGCGACAUUAUUUACAUGCCAUGUUAGACUUUUUGCAUUUAAGUUGUCAAAUGGCUUGUGUCUGUUACUGCUGCCCGAUUGGGCCUGCAUACCACGGAGUAUCUGGAUCUUUGCAAAUACGACAACCUGAGGAAGGAUGCUUGGAUGCUUUUCAAAUGAACUUGAUCUCUUUCAGCAAAAACAAAAGUCCGGCUAUGUGCUCUUAUUUUAAAUAUGUGGGACAUUGAGCUGCUGCAGCACACAUGGGAUUGAUCUCAACUAACUGGUUUCUGCAGACCCUUCCUUUUUUCCGACAACUGCUAUAAGAACUGCUGGCUGGACUUUGCCAACUAGGUGGUCUGUGGGGCAGGUCAUUGACCGAGGCAACAUGAGACACUAUUCUAUGUGCUCAGGUCUAUCUGCAUAACACAGAAGCUCGCCAGAUCCUGCCAUAUACUGUAUGAAACACUUUCAUGAGAGGACCAUGUAUUGUUUAAUCUCAUUAUUAGUAGCCAAUAUAUGGUAAUAGUAUGUAUAAAAUCAAUUUAAUUUACAAUGUGUGCUAUAGAUGGUGAAAUGCUACCUUAACAGUAAACAGCAUGCAGAAACUAGCAACUCAAAUUCCAAGAAAAAAAAAACAUACAGAAUAAUCAGAAUGCCAAACAAAAGUCCAGGGUUUUCUAUCUUUUUUGCUUAAUUUCUCAGGGUAUCUUGAAUGAAUGUGUUACAUCAAUAUUACACUUAUGAUUGCACCCUUUAUAGACACUGUGUUUAUCCAAAGCAGUGAUUCUUGCAACUGACAAUCCUUGAGACAGGUGAAUAAGAAAAGGGAAGCGGGCCAGAAAAAAAAGAAAAAAGGGUGUCUUGUUUCCUCAUUGUUUGCAACAAUGACCUCUGGAUAAAAGGCAAGUCAGUGGAGACAUAAGUCAAAGGAUGUGGGAUGAUCAGACCGAGGGAAAGCGGAAAAGUUUUGGAUUACUUAAAUGUAAAAGGUGAAACCCAGGAUCCAGCAUUCAGCUUGUUUAAGUACAAGCAUGACUUCCUCUUCUCAUGGUGGUACUGUAUGUGCUUUUUACAUUGUGUUGUGUUGCACCCUUUUGGUUUGAAUUUGUCAGAGCAUACUUAAAAAAAUGUGAUUAUGAUGAUAUUAUGCUGCCGACUGAGGAUUGCACCUAUUUGUUUUUUCUUUGUGGGGGAAAAUAUUUGAAGGAGCAAAUAGUUUACUGUUCUAAACUUACCUAUAUCAGCAAUUUCAUCUGUUACUUUCAGUUACAGAUUGUACAUUGGUACUAACCACUAGCAUACUAAGUUAAUGCUGUAGUGUUACUUUAAAUGAAGGUAUUCUCACUCUACUCUCUAAGGGUUGUUGUAUUUUAACUACCGAAUAACAACUGUAAAUGGUAUUAUGUUUCUCUUGUUGUCCUAGAUUUUAGUACUUAAAUGUCUAAUUAUGUCUGUUUGCAUCACAAGUGCCUGGGAACUAUUUCAGGUGUCCGCUGAUGUACAUUUGUUGUUUGUUAGCUGUUUUUGUAAGUAUAUUUUCUUUAGUUGUUUUUUAACUUGUAAAUAAUUUGUCUUUUUCUAGUUUUUAUUUUAGUUAGAGCAUAGAAGGCUCUACUGUACUAUGUGAAUUGGAUGUUGUUACAAUAUCAAUGCUGUCCAAGUUUAAAAGGGUAAGAAGGGCAAAGGGGAGGUAGGUGCCUUUGUGAGUUACAAUUAACAAAUUAUUCACUAUCAGUUGUAUUAAUGCAGUGCGUCAUUAAGACUAGACACAAAUUUAAUAUACUUUUAAGGCUAGUCAGAACUGGAAAGGUUCAAAUUGUCCAUUAGGAAAAACACCCCCUACCAACAAACUCAACUAUACAACAAUAUAAUACACUGUGAUGUGAGUGCCCUCUACAAUAAGUCAAUCAUUUUGCAGUAUGACAUUUUUGGAAAUAUGCUUAACUUAACUAACAAUAUCACUCUCAUAUGUGUACAUUUAAUAUAAGGCUACAGCAAGGAGCCAGUUAGCUUAGCUUAGCAUACAGACUGAAAACAGGAGAAAACGAUGGCCUGGCUUUGUAAAAUACACAGUACACAGUACAUUUAAAGCUAGCUAAUUAGUAUGUUAUACCUUGUUUGUUUAAUCUGUAAAUGUAAUAACAAAUUGUGGUGUUACAGGGGGUUACAUACCAGACUAUUUAUGAUAGCCUGGCUUAGUCCAAUAGCAUACAUGGUCCAGUGCUGGUAGGUAGAUUAUGUUUCCUUAGGACAGAGCUAGGCUAGCUAUUUGCCCUGUUUCCACUCGUUAUGUUAAGCUAAGCUAACUGGUUGCUGGCCAGAGCCAUAUAUUUAUCAGACAGACAGACAAAUUGAAAAAUUAUACAAAACUUAAAUGACUCUGGUAAAAUAGCAAUUAACAGGAUUAAGGAAACGUUACAGAUGUUUUCAAUAUUAGCCAUUACCACAGAAUGACAUUCCGUGAAAGCCCUUUUUUCAUUGUACUAUAACUUAGUCAACACUAUCUUCAGAGUGGGGACUGUGACUGAAGAUGGAGGCUUUUUCCUCAGACAGUAUUUAGUUUGAUAGAUGUGAGAGAUUGAAUUGAGUAACAGUGAGCAGACAUACAUGUACAGUAAACCCAACUGAAGGUGAAUAUGUCAUAUUGCACUUGAGCGAAACAAAGUAGCCAUGCAGAUGGGGGUUUGAGGGAGGUGGUGGUGGUGGUGGUGGGGGGGGGGAGGAUAAGCUUGUUAAAAAAGCGCUAGUAAUGUGGCUCAUGGUCCACCAGUACUGAAUUGUAGAAAUCUGAGAAAUACUGAAUGUUCCUUGUAUAGCCUACCAAUACAUAUACUGUACUAUACUUAAUGUGAAUUUGCAAACCAAAUUCCUACAUCAGACAAGCAGAAAAAACAAUAAUAAAGCUCUUAAAUCCA